CAUCCCCACCCGCAUAUCUCAAAGAAAAUCCCCACCCAUCUUCUCUCCUGUGAACUCAAACCGAGAUUGAUUGGACCCCAAAUUGAGUGGAUCCUUGAGGUCGGCGGAGGAGGUGCGGGAGGCGCUGGUGAUGCGGACUGCCGGCGACCGCGCUCCCAGGCGAAGGGCGGCAGCCAUGGCCUUGGUACGGCUGUGGGGAAGAGAGGAAUGAGCAGCGCCGGUCCUCCAGACACGAAGGGCGGCGGCCAUGUGCCGGUGCGGAUAGAGGGAUUGCACACCCGUGCUUACGAGGCGAGAGGCCGCGACAGGCAUUCGAGCGGGUGGGCGGGGUAUUAGGCUGGUGAUGCGGCAGUGAGAUGGCCGUCGAGGAGGCGCUCCGGCUCCGCGAGGCCGGCGCCGCCGCCGAAAAGGUUUGGUGCGCAACCGUAGGCCCUGCCGAGGAAGGCGAAACGCUCGGCACGCGCUCCCACGGCUGCGCCCUCCACGAUCUCCAGCACCUCCACGGCCCAGUCGCUCCUUCUGGUUGGUAAUUUUGUCUUGCGCAUGUUCUGAUCUCCUCGUUCGCUGCCUGUAGAUGGUUGUUUUCGCUUAUAGAGCAGUACUCCAGCAUGUAGUACUAGCUGAUGUUCUGUGUAUUUUUAAGAUCCAGCAUGUAGUGUUUGCCCAGAUUCCUUUUGGAUUUUCUACAUCUUUGUAUUUUUUACAUCUAAAUACUAUUUUGUUACAUUUAUGGAUUGUGUUUGGAUUUUCUACAUCUCUGUAUUUUUUACAUCUAAAUACUAUUUUGUUACAUGUACUAAGGGACAUCUCUGAUUUUUUUUACAUCUAAUUAGUGUUUUUUACAUCUAAUUAGUAUUUGUUUGUUACAUCUAAUUAAUAUUUUCUUACGUCUAAUUAAUAUUUGUUUGUUACAUCUAAUUAAUAAUUUUUUACAUCUAAUUAGUUUCAAGCGGGAGGAUAUAUUUAGUUCAAGCAGUAGAUAAACUGUUGUUACACCACCAUGUUUAUUCCACACAAUUUGGUCAAAUAUCUAGCCUAUUUUAUACAUCUUAAUGCAAAUCAAACAUAUGAUAAUUACAUGCAAUAAAAAAAUAUGUGUAUUUUCCCAUCAGAGAUGUUACUCCGCUAUAUUUUUGCGUGAGUUUCUUCUGUUACAUACAGGGCGCCACCAUGUUCUGAAUGAAGAUGUAUUUUUUGCAGAAGCAAUAUUUACCUCGUAAAUCUUGAUGCUUGCUUUGUUACUUUCGGUACUCCUGCUGGAGUGAUCUGGCCCUCUAAUUUUUUUCGUUGUUCAGUUACAUGAAAUUUCCUCUGUAACUAGUUCUGCUUAUGAAGUUUUGUUGCCGCCAACAGUCGAAGGAUACUACUUAUAUUUGGACUUUGGACCACACCUGUUGAUGCUAAGACGCGCUUUCGCAUGCAUAAAACAAAGCGGGAAAGGGGCUCCGGGUCACAUUUCCUCUUUCGGCAAUGUGUCGCUAUCAUAUCCUGGGACCAUCUGCCUUUUCCGGUAAAUUUCGGUUCCGACAGCAGGGGCACUCCCUAAGACUAAAUGGUAACCGCGCACCGCGUAGAAACGUCCUAUAUUCCUUCCUUGAUUCUUUCUCUUCCCUCUCCAAGUUACCCCAUUUCGUUCUUCCAUCCCCUUUGCUUUCGGCCUUUCGCGACACGUUGUUCGCUUGUGAGACUGCCAGUGCCAUCCAUAUUUACUUGCAGCCAGCUUGUGGGUUUGUGGCAUCAAAGCCUUCUCCUUUCAGUUGCAUGCCCAGUUGCCCACCAUCAAAGUGUCCCAAAUGUACCCGUAUCUUCAGCUCUGUGUACUGCUCGUCGCCAUUCUCUCGGCCGUAGCAACUGCUGAACGAUGGAGGGAGAUCAGCGGCAGCAACCAAUGGAACGGCCUUCUAGACCCCCUCGACAUUGAAGUCCGGCGCGCCGUCAUCCGCUACGGCGAGCUGGCACAGGCGACGUCGGACGCCUUCAUCGGCGACCUGGCGUCACCGUACGCCGGCUCUUCCCGGUACGGCCCGUCCUCCUUCUUCUACAAGGUCCAGGCGUCCAACCCAGGCGAGUACCGCGUGACGCGGUUCAUCUACGCGACGUCGAGCGUCCGGCUGCCCGACGGGUUCAUGACGAGGCCGCUGCCAGAGGGCGCGUGGAGCAGGGAGUCCAACUGGAUGGGGUACGUCGGGGUGGCCACCGACGCCGGCGCGGCGGCGCUCGGGAGGCGGGACAUCGUGGUGGCGUGGCGCGCGACGAGGCGGACGGUGGAGUGGGUCAGCGACCUGGACUUCGUGCUGGUGCCGGCGGCCGGCGUCGUCGGGCCGGGGCAGGGCUGGUCGCAGCCGGCGGUGCACAGAGGGUUCCUGUCCGUGUACAUGUCCAAGAAUCCCACGUCGCGGUUCAACAAGCAGAGCGCGCGCGAGCAGGUACUGACUGAAGUAGGAAGGCUGCUGGACACCUACAAGAACGAGAACUGCAGCAUCACCAUAACCGGCCACAGCCUCGGAGCCGCGCUGUCCACGCUCAACGCCGUCGACCUGGUCGCCAACGGGCUCAACGUCCGGGGCUCGUCCCGGAUCCCCGUGCCCGUCACGGCCAUCCUCUUCGGCGGGCCCCGUGUCGGCGACGAGCAGUUCAAGAAGGCCUUCGACUCCAUGGCUGGCGCCGGCCUCAGCCUGCUCCGCGUCCGCAAUGCCCUCGACAUCGUGCCCACCAUCCUGCCCUCCCUGCUCUACAGGGAUGUCGGCGCCGAGCUGCUUGUCGACACGCGCAAGUCGCCGUACCUCAAGAAUCCGGUGGGCCCUGCCCAGUGGCACAACCUCGAGUGCUACUUGCACGCGGUCGCCGGCACUCAGGGGGCGGGCGACGGCGCGGGGUUCAGCCUGGAGGUCGACCGCGACGUGGCGCUCGUCAACAAGGAAGAGGACGCGCUCAAGGACCAGUACCCCGUGCCGGCCAAGUGGUGGGAGGAGAAUAACAAGGGCAUGGUGAAGAACGCCACUGGACACUGGGUAUUGAACGAUCACGAGGAGGGCAACCUUGCCUUGUGAUGAUCUUUUUUUUUUGUGUGCGUGGGGGUAAGAUUGUGGAAUGCAUCGUGUUUAACACCUCUUACGAAAGUAAUACCGCCUCUAAUUCAAAAUGUACCAACGAAACUUUCUAUAUUUGAAGGCAUUUGUGAUGAAUAGAUAUUUUGUACUCGUU